CGUAUGCACAUUGGACGUACUUAUUGGAUGGAAUGGAGUCGUCUGAGGUCAUUGUCAACGUGAUCGACUGAUUUUCGGCAGGAGGGUAAUGUGGGGGCGGGGGUGGUGAGGGUUAAGGCGGUCAAGCCGUGGGUGUAUGUUGACCGAGCCCGAUCGAGGCGCGAUGACUGACACCAACGCCUACAAAGUCAUAAACUUACUAUGCACAGUCGAUCUCGGCGUGAUCGACACCUUGCUCUUGGGAGAUUUGACCAGGACGGCCUAGUCAUUUCUCAGUCGAUCUGCGCAACCGUGCUCGAGUUACUUUCGGAGAGAUGUCGGGAGCGACGGGCCGGUUCCGAACAGGUGUUAGCAGGUUCGCGGCUUGCAGAUUAUAUUGAUCUUGAAAAUUCGCUCUCGAGCCCCUUUGGGCUGUCUGGACCAUUGAGGGCAAGUGUUUCAGCCACUAGGAUGGCCGUUCACGUCCGCGUUUGAUUCUUCUUUUCGCAGCGGUCUCACAUCGAGCGUUGAUUUCAGUACUUUUGAUCCUGCAAUGGCGCAGCUAACUCCAGACGUAUGGACACCCACACGGGUUCCGCCUGUGGGCGGCACCACCGUCUAUUUUCAUAGAACGGAUCUCGGGACGAUUCAUGCGCAGCUUCGGCGACCACGGCCAUCCACCCUAUCGUGACUUUGUCUUCCAUACCCAAAUAUCCUGCCGCACCAAUCAAUUUCGAUUCCUAACGGCAUCCACAGUGCUAC